AUGAUAACCACACAGAUAGAUGGUGAAGAAAGUCACUCCCAGCAGACAACAUGUUUGGGAAACUACUUGCCCGGUCGGAACCCACACAGAGAAAACUUUCAGGGCGAGAAUGUGUUUAGCGAUCACUGCAUUGAGAGCUCCGGCUCAAGUCUGCGCUUCCAGGUUCAGUUUCAGGGUCUCGCCGGCUGCCCCGGCCGGCGGGCGCCGUGCGGGCAGCGGGGCUCGGACGGCAGGGAUCUCUGGGGGCCCCAGAGUUGGGAGGCGGAGUCCGGGAGCCCCCGGAGGAGGAUGGGCUGCGGACACAGCAGACUGAGUUGCUGCAAACCCCCCAAAAAGAGGCGCCAAAGACCAGAUCAGCCUCCCAAACCAGAGCCUCAGGAACUGGGUCCCCUCAAUGGUGACACAGCCACAACUGACCAUGUAUGUGCAUCUGAGGAUGUUGAGCAGCACCAGAAGGCUAUCACCAGAAUCCUCCAGCAACAUGAAGAGGACAAGAAGAAAUGGGCACAACAGGUGGAGGAGAGGGAGCUAGAACUUGAAGAGAAACUGAAUGAACAGCAAAGAGUCCUAGAGGGAGAACAUGCGGAGGCCCUGCAAGCCCUCCAGGCCUCCUAUGAGCAGGACAAGGAAGCCCUUACCCACUCCUUCCAGGAGGCCAAGGUGGCCCUGCAGGAGACCAUUGACAGACUGACUGCACAGCUGGAGGCCUUCCAGGCCAAGAUGAAGAGGGCAGAGGAGUCCAUCCUGAGCCGAGACUACAAGAAGCACAUCCAGGAGCACGGGAGCCUCAGCCAGUUCUGGGAGCAGGAGCUGGAGAGCUUACACUUUGUCAUCGAGAUGAAGAAUGAGCGAAUCCAUGAGCUGGACAAGCGGCUGAUCCUCAUGGAGACAGUGAAAGAAAAAAACCUGCUGUUGGAGGAGAAGAUCACCACCCUACAGCAAGAGAACGAGGACCUCCACGCCCGAGGCCGCAACCAGAUGGUUGUGUCAAGGCAGCUCUCGGAGGACCUGCUUCUUGCCCGUGAGGCCCUGGAGAAGGAGUCACAAUCACGGCGGCAGCUCCAGCAGGAGAAGGAGGAGCUGCUGUACCGGGUCCUCGGGACUGACACCGCCCCUGCCUUCUCCCUGGCCUCUGUCACCCCCACCGAGGUCUCCUUCCUGGCCACAUAG